CUCGUUAUCAUAACUCUUUCAACAACUGCUCGGAUCAAAGCCUACCCACUCUUCUUUCUUUCUUCUCUCUCUCUACAAAUUAUAGAAGAAGAAACAAAAGGGUUUUUAGAUCAUAAAUAUGGCUGAUUCUUCUGCUUCAUAUAUUCACAUGGUGCAUCGUCUGAUAGAGGAGUGUUUAAUAUUCAAUAUGAGCAAAGAAGAAUGCAUGGAAGCCCUUUCUAAGCAUGCAAACAUCAUGCCUGCCAUUACUUCUACUGUGUGGUGUGAGCUUGAAAAGGAGAAUAAAGACUUCUUUGAGGCAUACAAGAACACGAGGAAGGAGCAUCAAACACAAAUGGUUUCUUCUAGCUCCCAAAAAGUUAUUCCACCAUAAGUGUUUUAAAUUUAUCACCUGUACUUAUCGUUUUAGACUUUGUACUAUUUUGAUUGGAUGAAAUUAUUUAGAUUAGUGAUGCAGUUAGGUGUAAAUCGUUUUUGGCUGUGUUCAAAAACUUUGAAUAAAUAGUCUUUAGGUGGUCGAGUAGUGAACCACUGAGAUUAAUGAACUUUAAAUAAAAAUGUUUCAUGUCCGGU